AUGGGUGCUUCAUCCGACCAUGCGGCGGACCAGGAAUGGGAUUUGGUGGAGGACCUCGGACACGAUUUGUGUGGCUCUUUUGAGACCGGUCUGAGUCUCACAGCUCAAAAGCAUGGCACUCACUCUCCUGAUAGCCUCAGGCGCGCCUCUGCGUCCAUUACAAACUCUGAUCCUCAGAAACCACAGGACUAUUUCGGACAUUACUGCUCCGCCACUGUUGUAACAUUCGAAAUGGAGUCCAGUCUCACAGCUGAGCAGAUCAAAAAGGCUCGGGAGGACAAUCGGAUGGAAGAACGGGCCAGAAGCCUUGCCUGGACUUUUGGAGGGGUCCAUAAGAAUGAUGGACACAAGGCAGCAUCAUCUAAGCCUGCUGAUCCGGCGCCUCACGAGUAUGCCGAAGAGGACCGGCAGAAGCUAAGGGUUGAGUACCUUGCUUGGAUGUUCGGCGGUGUGUACAUUGACAAUGCCCACGAAGACUGGAACAAGUUGAGUCCGGCAGAAAAGGACGCAUUGAGGGAGAAAUUGUCAGGAGACCAGCAGUGUUCGGACGAGCAGGUAGUAGGAGGGCAUUACGACCCCCCCCCCCCCCACACUGAUUCUCGUAUGAUCCUGACAAUGUUUGUCCAGAUGGGAAGACUCCUUCGAGGAAUCAGAGUCAAGUGGUGCUAUGUCACGACAGACGAGGGCACGGACAAGGUGCGGGUCAUCGAAGACAGCGGCUCGGCAAACAACUGGAUCUCGAACGUACAGAUUAAACGAUUUGGACUGAAUGCCAAACGCGGCCCUACGAUCACCGGCAUAACUCUCACUGGUGAGAAGUUUUCCUCCGACAAAUAUGUCGACGUGUCUUGGGUGGGAAAGGGCUCGCACCAAGGAACAGAACGAUUCUCUAUCGCUCCUGAAAAGGCGCCCAUCGAAAUGCUGGUUGGAGAGGAAUUCACCAGGAAGUAUCCUGGGGUUUUCAUGGAUCAGGAACCAACGCCCCAGCUAUUGACUCUGCAGUCGAGGGUACAGGUCGAUGAGCAACAACAGAUUGACUUUGAAAGGAGGAGAAUGGAGGAACAGGCGAACAUGUUGGAGAGGAGAAGGCGCGCCAACCCACCGCCCGCUCCGCCAACCGACGCUGGAACACAGUCGACCACCCGUUCGGGACAGUCGACGUCGGUCGAGAAGACGUACCGUCAGAAAUCCUCCCAGUAG